AUCUAAAAGAGUUUAGACGGAAGUUCCCAAUCCAAAAGGAAUUUUGCAUCCCUCUUCAUUACCGAUUUAUCUCUGGGUGAUACGCAGCGAUAAUGACUUCAUCCAAAGAUUCAAGAUACUCUGAUGAUACAGUUCUUCAAAAUGUAAACCACUUUGUUACGGUAACGCAGAAAAAUAAACAAACUAAUUCAGCACAUUUGAAUUUCUUAAUGGAAUGCAUAUUACCAAUUAUGAAAGAAGAGGAUGAGACUUUCAAGCGCUUGUACAAUUCGAUACAGUAUGGUGGUUCCUUCUAUAAAGGUACCAAAAUUAGCAAUGCCGAGGAAUACGAUUUGGAUUUAAUUAUUAAGCUGCAGGAGACACCUUUAAAGGUUGAAAUGUCCAAAAAUAAACCUGGGUAUGUAAAAAUAAAACUUCAAGAUCCUCAUGUGGAUGUUUGGAAAAAUUAUCACGGGCAAAGUUGGCUAGCAAUUCCGAAACCUUUGAAUGGAGAUGAAGGAAAUCUAUUGUGGCGCGCAUCCUUUUAUGAGCAGGAGAAAGAACUUUUAUUAUCAAAAAAACACUUGAAAAAUGUCCUAAGACUUUUGAAGAAAUUACGAAACCAGGAGAAUUUUUCAAAUUUGUCCAGUUACUACAUUGAGACUCUUUUUUUCCAUGAAAUAGACUCUCAAAAUCCAUAUUUUUGGGAACAAAAUUCAUUAACAUAUUUGUUCAUGCACAUGUUGAAAAAACUACAACGUGCGCUAGAAAACUGUGAGAUAAAAUCUUAUUGGGCAAAAAAUUCAAAUUUGUUAGAAAGACUUUCCAAAGAGGAAAAGCAGAAUAUGGCAUCCCGCCUAAAAAAAAUUGUUAAUAUAAUUGAAAAGACGAUUGAUAGCGAUCCUCUCGCAAUUGCAAGAUUUCUUUUGAACGAGAAAGAAAUGAAAAAAUUGUCAACCGAAUAUGACGAGUUAUAAGCUAGAGGAUUUGAGCAUUAUGAAUGAAAGUAACAAUUUUAUCCAUCAUCAAGAACAAGCAAGCAUUUAUC